ACGUUGGUUGCCAGCCGCCGUUAAAAACGAAGAAGAAAAAGAUCACACCGGCAAAUUACGAAGGGGGAAAGUUUCGUUUUUUGUUUGGUCGUCAUAAGAUGUAGAUAUUGAGCAUUGAUAUCAGAAUGUCGCCAGAGCUAGAAAAGUGUCCAAGAAGCUUGCUGGUGUGCGAGAAAUCAAACUUCAUGAAUGAAAAGUCUCGGCAUGACAUCCACGUGUCUAAGCACAGCUUUAAUUACAAGAUCUCAGUACUGAUACCUGAAUGUGCAGUCCUCCCUGCUAACAUUUCCGGGGUUAUCAGCAAUUUCAGCCCGUAUUACCUUGUACGGGACCUGCCGGUUUAUGAAUUACUGCAAGACAAAUCUCAUGAAACGGUUGUACAGAAAGGAACCGUCUAUGCUGUCUCUUACAACACUAAGAUUGAUGAAGAUAAUUCCAUUGCCCUUUUGCCUAGCGGUCAGCUAGUUUUGUCCCUAAAUAAAGACGCAUAUGAACAACUUGGUCUGGAGGGACGACCAUCACUGUAUAAUCACAGAAAGGCUAUGAGAUAUGUUGUUACUCUGAAUCUAAGAGACAAAACUUUGGCCCCAGGCACCAAACGAUACCAAAGAGUUCUGUCAGGUUUAAAGGACAGGCUGCCACUCAGAUAUGACUUUCUGUUUACUGAACACAACACAGGUGGAGAUGAAGAUAAGACUCUUUACAAGCUGUUGUCCCAGUACAAACCUGUUGAGCACAAGGCGGUUCUUAGCCAUCACACUUUAAAAAAUCUACCGUGCCCCACACUCUACCCAUCAGAUCUACAAGGAACUACACUGUCAUGUGAUCCACAUUCAUUCUUGGAGUGGCUUGGAGCCGUCAACCUGGACAUAAGCUGUGAAAAUGCUGCUGACAGUUUCCUUUCUACGUAUAUUUGUCCGGAGCCAAAGAGCUCUGUCAGCCAGGCCCUGCUGUGCACCAUUACUGGUUUUAUCUCACCUGAGGAUGUGUAUUUGCUGCUACAAGAGCUCAGGAAGUAUUUCGAUGAACCAAAAUUUACACAAUGGCUUUCACUCACUGUACAUGGGUUUAUGGAUAGCCCUGUGUCAUGGGGAGCCACAGAACAUGGAUUUCUCAAAGGUGGUGAAAACUUCUACAAUUUGGUUUGUUUCAAGAAUCAGGACUAUUGGUUACAUAUGGCCACUGGUGCCCAUGAUGGCUGCCCACCCUAAUGUGAAUUUAAAACUGAGGACCUCUUUUUUAUUUUCAGUUGGUUUAAUACAUUGAUUCAGUUUCUUUAAAAAAAAAGAUAAUGUGGUUAUGAAAAUUGUAUAGUAUAUCUGUUUAUUUUGACCAGUCAUUUUCACAGCUGUUACAUAAAAAAAACACUUCAGAUUGUACAACUUGUAGCAUUUAGUAUAAUAUCAGCUAAAAGAAAUAAGCCUGGCCAUUAUUUAUAUAAAAAAAUCAAAAUUAACCAGCAUUUGAUACUAAUGGCAAAUAGCAUAUUUACAGCCACUUUAAAAGUUUGGAAGGGGUGAUGAUGAUAAAGAAAAAAAUACUGUUGCCAGUGAAAUGACAAAUGAAAAUUAAUGUUAUAUUUAAACAAAUUCAGUUACUGUUUUAUUUUUAUAUAUCACCCUGUAUAAGAAUUUAAACCUGUCAAGACUAACAAAUGAGAAAGUGUAUGGGCCGAGCUUAAAUGGAUGCAAACGCAACGCUGCACUGCUAAAUUGGAGCUGAUGUUCCUGGUUCUUGUCCUAUAAGGUGUAUUACCAGAUCUAACAAUGUUAAUUAUUGUCACACAUCAAUUAAUAGCCAGAUUAACAUAAAUUACUGUCCAACAAAGCAUUUACCCCCAUCAGUUAACAAUCCAAUGUACCAACCAAGAGAUUACAUAAAACAAGUUUUUGAAAUAUAUAUAACAUUACUCGAUGUCAUAACAUACGCUUCGCAAUCAUACAUAACCUGCGACUUUGGUUUGAAAUAAAAUCUAAUUAAAAAAUCUCUAAACAAUAGCAUUCAAUAAUUAUAAGAGGAAGAAAAACAUUUAUGAUUUAUUUGAUCAUAAAUACAAUUCCAUAAACACUUUACAUCACCAUGUGGAAGGGGAAACCCUCUAUUAUUUCUUGUUAAAGAACCACUCCAGAAAACUACACCUAUAGUCAAUAAAUAAUGAAUAGAAUUAACAACAUAAUUUAAACUUUAUUGCUGGGGCUAAACCGAACUCUUAAGAAUGAAAGUUUGUUAAUAUGAUGGA